CACAGUCCACACCCCCAUGUGCUGGGAGAGCUCCAGGAUCCUGUGCUCUGUGAGAGUGGUGAUAGUGACAGGCAGUGUGUGGCUCUAGGCGUGUGCUGGGAGAAGAAGGUGGCAUCACUCCUGCACACAGUCACCUACCUCCCUGUCAGCAUUGUCUUCCUACUGCUUCCUCUCCUCCAGCCUGUCUACCUGAGAGCAGAGGGGCUGCUGCCUGCACUGUGCCCGGGGAUGGCUGGCAUGGGGAGCUCCUAAGUGGCAGACGUGUGCUCAGCAGGAUCCAGCGCAGGGUGCCAUACACCACAAGCAGACUGCUCACUUUACCUCCGAGGUUGGAUGAGAACAAGACACUGGCAUCAUGAGCACCAAUUCAAUGCCCUACCCACAUAACUCGUACAGUUCAUCAGGGAGCUCUGGACCUAUCCAAUGCUAUCGUUGUAGAGAGACAUGUAAAGGAGAAGUAGUGAGGGUGCAGACCAACCACUUCCAUAUUCGGUGCUUCACAUGUCAAGUGUGUGGCUGUGAUCUGGCGCAGUCUGGAUUCUUCUUUAAGAAUGGGGAGUAUAUCUGCACACGUGAUUACCAGCAACUCUAUGGGACCCGGUGUGACAGCUGCAGAGAUUUCAUUACAGGAGAAGUUAUUUCAGCCCUUGGACGAACAUAUCAUCCAAAAUGCUUUGUAUGCAGUAUGUGCAGGAAACCUUUCCCUAUUGGAGACAAGGUGACCUUCAGGGGUAAAGACUGUGUUUGCCAGACUUGUUCCCAGUCUUUAGUAAGUGACAAGCCCAUUAAGAUCCAUGGACCAAGCCAUUGUGCCGGGUGUAAGGAAGAGAUCAAACAUGGCCAGUCACUGUUGGCACUGGAGAAACAGUGGCACGUUAGCUGCUUCAAGUGUCAGACAUGCGGCAUUAUCCUGACUGGGGAAUAUAUCAGCAAAGAUGGCGUGCCUUACUGUGAGUCCGAUUACCACGCUCAGUUUGGGAUCAAAUGUGAAACUUGUAACAAAUACAUCAGCGGCAGAGUGCUGGAGGCAGGUGGCAAGCAUUAUCACCCCACGUGUGCCCGGUGUGUGCGCUGCCAACAGAUGUUUUCAGAAGGAGAGGAGAUGUACCUGACAGGCUCUGAAGUGUGGCAUCCGAUCUGCAAGCAGGCGGCCCGUGCGGAGAAGAAGCUUAAAUACAGAAGAGCUUCUGAAACCUCUAUUUCCCCACCAGGAUCCAGCAUCGGCUCCCCAAACCGGGUCAUUUGUGCUAAAGUAAACAAUGAGAUUCUAAAUUACAAGGACUUAGCUGCUCUCCCUAAGAUUAAAGCAAUCUACGCAGUGCAGCGCCCUGACCUCAUUUCUUACGAGCCUUAUAGCAGAUACACGUCGGAUGAGAUGCUGGAGAGAUACAGCUAUGGGGAGGACAUUUAUGAAGGAAUGGAUCUCCGUCAGAGACGGUCAUCAAGCCCAGGAUAUAUUGAUUCUCCUCUCUACAGCCAUCGAGACAUCUCUCUCACCAUGCCACGUUCUCCCCAGCAUUACUAUAUGUCAGGCACAGAGAGUGGUCGUAACUCUCCUUAUUAUAGCCAGGUAGAUGUACGUUGCUCUACACCAACUCUUUACCAAGCUCCUCGACAUUUCCAUAUACCAGCAGCGGAAAGUAACAUAUAUCGGAAACCCCCCAUCUAUAAGCGUCAUGAUGAUAUCAAUGAAGCAACAAAAAGCAAAACAAGUGACGAUCUUGUUCAAUCCUCAAAAUAUCUGCCUUCAUAUUCUCCUGAUCCCUAUUACCAGUCAGAGCCUGAGUAUUGGAUGUGCUCGCCAAAAAUGCCCCGAGCACGGAGGUUCUCCUCUGGAGGAGAGGAGGAUGGUUUUGAUCGGAGCAUGCACAAGCUUCAGGGAGGAAUCGGGAGAAUGAUCCUGAAGGAGGAAAUGAAGGCUCGAUCGUACAUCGAUCCCUGGGCAACCCCUCCUCGAAGUUCAGCAGGCAGUAAAGAAGCUCUGCACAAUGUUGGCUAUGAUAAUGGAUCUCCCAAGUGUUACCUUGCAGACAGUGAUCCCCUGAUCUCGAAAUCUGCCUCACUCCCCGCAUACCGGAGGAAUGGCCUUCACAGGCCACCCAGCACAGACCUUUUCCACUACGAUAGUGCCAACGCUGUCAACUGGGGCAUGAGAGAGUACAAGAUCUAUCCAUAUGAAUUACUCAUGGUGACCACUAGAGGGAGGAGUAGACUACCCAAAGAUGCAGACCGAACUCGACUGGAGCGCCACCUAUCGCCUGAAGAGUUCUAUCAAGUGUUCGGAAUGACCAUAUCAGAGUUUGACCGCCUGGCACUGUGGAAAAGAAAUGAGCUGAAGAAACAAGCCAGGCUUUUCUAACUUGCUCCACCAUGUGCCUCAAUAUGUACACCUCUAUAAAUAUAUUUAUAAAUAUAUAUAUAUAUAUAUAUAUAUAUAUAGAACUUAUGUAUAACUACUACACAUAAUAUAUAUAUAUUGUAUUAUAGGAAGAUCUCCACAAGAACUGGCUUUAUACUUUCCAGGAGUGAGAGGGACUACAGCUUAUUUCUAUGCAAUGUGUUGUAGUCCCUCUCACUGCUGCCAAUGUUAUUCUGUGGAGAGAGAUAUUUUCAACUCUUGGUUAUAUUUUUUAAAUGCUGUUUUUUAUGCGCCGCUGUUUUGGAGAGUUUAAAGACUUCAAUGAACCUGCAACCUUAACAUUGUUACAAUGCAUCUUCAAAGCUCACUUGUUUAGAUCUAUUGAAAUUCCCCCACAGUAACUAACAGGCAGGUAUGCCAAAUGUACAUGAGUCUUGUUAGCCAGGACCCAGCGGUGUCACUGCAGGUUGCUCCAGUACAAAGCCAAGCACUGACUAAUGUGUAAAAACAGGAUGUUGCUUCUAGAAGUGACUUGCAAAACAGAAGCCGCCUUUACCUGCUCACGACAUUCCUCUCAAGCUGUUUUCAGUUAUUGGUAUGAAUUUUAUAAUAGCACUGUAUAGCUUAUAUUGUAAGUCAACUUCUGCCUUAUGUCGUCCACAGCAAAACCCAAAAUGAUCCAUGUCUUCGUUGGCAGGUUUGAGCGAACACCUUGUCAUGCAAGAGUUAAGCUGGACAAGUGCCAACCGAACCCUGCUUAUUUUGGUGGGACUAGUGAACUAUGUAAGGCUAGGUACACAUCACGAUCACGAAACUGUCAAAAUGACAUGCUGAUGUAUUUAUACUCAGACAGGCACAAACCCCAUUCAGUUCAGUGACCCGGAUAUGGUCAGCUAGUCACUGAAAGUCUUGAAACCACGCUUCUCAGUCCAAGCCAGAAUGUGAAUGCGUUCAGAAAAUGACCCGAAUGUAGUCAGUAGCUGAGUACGCUCAAGCCAUUGAAAUAAAUGGGGACAUUCCUCUCUGAGCAGGGCAACAUAGACAUGUCAUUUUGACAGUUUUACAACAAAAUUGUGCCUCAGAGGCUAAAAUUGUGAGAUGAACCUAGCAUUAUUUGUAUAGAGCCACUAGUCCAUCCCCACCAGCAGAUAUUGGGGAUGACAGGGGUCAGACAUGUUGGACAUUAACUGCCUUAUGCUUUGGGGAGUUAAAUCACUUCUAGUGCUUCCUACCCUCUCUCCAUUCAGAACAUAUGUACUCUCCGCUGAGCCGAGCAUGUAUGCAUAUGAGAGGAUCAGAAGAAAUUCUUGUCUGCCGGGUUAACCUAUGUCUAGAGUCAGCUGGAGCAUUUGGAGUCUACCAUGUUGUGGUCACAAAUGCAUUGGCUGCUGACAACUAUGAGGUAGUGAUGUAAUCAUGUCUACAAAUAAAGUAGAAAAAGGAUAUGGCAGUAUAUUAAAUAUGCAUAUUAGUAUAAAAUGUUAGCCCAAAUGUAAUUUUUGUAUUAUUAUCGUCAUACACCUCAACCCUGCGUUGUCAGGCAAGUAUCUAUAUACAUAGAAGAUGCCAUAUUAAAAAGUUAAUAGUGGGUACAUGUCUAUGUUAGGCUUCUUUCACACUGCCGUUGUGACGUCCGUCAGGGAACCUGGGGAGAAUAGCGGGAGGAAAAAUACAUCAUGCAUCGUUUUUUCCUCCCGCUACUCCAGUCAGAAAACAACGUCGCCCGACGGCCCCUAUAAUAGUAAAUGGGAUCUGUCGGGACCUGUUGUUUCCCGUUGUGCCCCGUCAAAAAUAACAUCCGUUAAGGCACAAAAAAAAAGUGCCUGGCAGACGUUUGCCGACGGGGCACAGCGGCAGUGUGAAAGGGGCCUAAACCAGUGUCACUAAGGCUGGCCAUACAUAAGCUAGCUGUUGCACAAACACUUGCUUGUUCGACAGGUCUCUCUAUCUCUCUUAACCUUCCAUACAGAUGCAUGCUCCUUUUGGCUAUUGUAAAAUAAAGGGAGAAGGCUGCUGCCGACCCCUCUGGUGGCAAGUUAUCUGCUUUCAAAACAAAAGGAUAGGACAUGUUAAAAUCCACCUGUUAUAUAGUGACCGGUGGAAAACUGGGUUUUCAGUUAUCAUUUUUUCACCUUAUAUACAGUCCACUGUCAGGCAUACAUAGUGAUAUCGCUCAACCCUUACACCAUGGAGGAGUGUUUUAUCAGAUUUAUCAUGCAUCCCAAUAUUUGCCCCUGUAGUGCACCAGAGAGGGAAUUCAGAAAUCAAGUGCUCUCAGUGUACAAGAUGUUAAAAGCAAUAGCUCCUGUCUUGUCUGCUCACUUGUAGCUCAGUGACUUAGUGCCCUUUUACACCACCCAAUGGGCUGCAGAUGAUGAAUGCCAAUCUCUGUGAUGGCCGCUUUUUGCACGUUCCUGGGAACACUCCUUAUUGGCCCAUGUACCAUGGCCUUUAGCCCUUCCAGAAAGGCUAGAAUCUCCCUGAUAUUAUUUAUGAGGAAGCAGUAAAAAAAAGGUUGGGGCGCUCUCUCAUGUGUGACGGGGGCGUGGUAGGAUGGUAGAAACCACUGCACUCAAGGUAAUGUGAUGUCUCGCUGAGGUUGUCAACGGUGACAGCACCUCACCUGGGGGCGUGUGAAGUGGAAGAUUGUAGCAGCAGUUGUACUGCUCGAAAACCCCUGUCCGUAUCCACAAAAGGGUACCGUAAUAAUGAAACCAGGAAAAGGAGAGGAAAAAAGGGGGUUCUAAACGAGCGCUACUGCUUGAAUAAAAGGAUUCGGAACGCCAAUGUAGCACAGGACAGUUUAUUAUGGCUUAGAGCAAUAGGACAACGCGUUUCGGCACCAGAAUGUGCCUUCUUCAGGUCCACAAAACAAAUAAUUUCAGACGUCCUGUAGCCUGUGUUGUGCUGUGAUGGCGUGGCGUGUUUUGUGGACCUGAAGAAUGCACAUUCUGGUGCCGAAACGCGUUGUCUUUUCCUGGUUGUCUUUUCCUGGUUUCUGAUAUUAUUUAAUAAUCAUGUGUAUAUAUAUAUAUAUAUAUAAGGCCUAGUAUCUAUAUGACAUUCCUAUAAGAAUAGUAGACGUUUAUUAAAAUAAUCGGUCCUACUAUUAUGGUUGCUGAAUGAUUCACUGUGAAAUGAGUAAGUCAGUAACAACCUGCAGUGACAUCCUGACCGUACAGCAUACACGCCUUAGUGAGCCCCUAAAACAGCACGUCCCUUCAGCCUCUUCUCAUGUUUUCUUGAGAAACACCUAAGGCAAGGAAAACACUUGGACACAACUGCCAGUGCAGCAGAAGUUUUUCUUUCUAAAACAUUUCUUAUCUCUGUUUGCCUUGGAUUUGGAUUCCAGAUUUGUUAACUAUUAAAAAAAAACAGUUG